GUUCUUUGUUCUAACAUCCGACAUGGUACAAGUGAGACAACCGAGUGCAAGGGUAUAAAAUCAUGCUGCUCCUUUCUUUUCCCCUAAAACUACCCCCGCCUCACAUUAUCUCAUCAACUAAAUUUGACUUCACGCCUCGUUUGAAACUGCUUCGUUCCAUUAACAACCAUGGAUUCUCAUCGCGAGGGGCUCCCAAUUCCGAACUUGUCUGGUCAGUCGGUCGGCGACAGUCGUUUCAAGCUGGUUGAGUUAAUUGGCUUUGGUGCUUCCGGAACCGUCUAUCGCGCUCUCGACACUCAAUCAGAUCCAUGCGAUCCUGUGUAUUAUGCCAUCAAGUGCUUGCCAAAUACGAACAUCUCCCGAGAUUGUCUUGUGUGGCACAGGCGGGAGAUCGUAUCCCACUCUUUGGUAUCUAGAGAAACAUCGUCGCCAUAUAUCUGCCGUCUCCACGAGACAAUUGCAGAAGGACCAUACAUCUACCUUGUGCUCGACUACUGCCCUGGUGGGGACCUCUUUACCGCCAUAAGGAUGCGAAAGUACGAGGGUGAUGUCACGCUCAUUAAGAGGGUGUUCCUCGAGCUUCUCGAUGGCGUACAUGCCUGCCAUAAAAUAGGAGUUUACCACCGUGACCUGAAACCAGAGAACAUCCUCUGUGUUGAAAGCGGCUCGGGCAUUCGUAUUGCGGAUUUCGGACUUUCGACCACAGAUGAUCGCAGUAGGGAAUUUAACGUAGGAAGUUGGGAGUACAUAAGUCCUGAAUGCAAUUCGGAGGCAAGGAGCUCUGAUUACUCGCCGAUUUAUUCGGACCUCUGGUCGUUGGGAGUUAUUCUUGUCAACAUGGUCACGGGCCGCUCGCCCUGGGGAACUGCGGAGCCUUCGGAUCCAGACUUCUGGAGAUAUCUCGACAACGCCGACUUCCUUCUCGAGGUCCUUCCUAUAUCAAGAUCUUUCAACAAAAUUCUCAAGCGAAUCUUUGACAUAAAUCCGUACUCACGAAUGAGUGCUCUUGAACUCAGAGACGAGAUUAUCCAACUUGAGAGCUUUUACCCCAGCUACGCCGAGCGCUGUGCCACCACAGACAACACACGAGAAGCUGCUCGUGGCUACGCUAGGCGCUUCGCACUAUUGACUAAUAUGACCUUCCACCAAGUCGAGGUUGUCGACUCCGCGCCACCCGACUCCUACUCUGACAACGGAGCCCCUCGGCCUCAGCAGGCUUCUGCGCCGGCAGUUUUACGACCUAGCAACUUUGCGAGAGUUGACGACAAUCGGCCUUGGUCACGGGCUAGCCUACUAUCGACCUGCUCUACGUGUUCUUUUCUCCCAGAGGAGAGCGAGGAACUUGCCACUCCAGAAACUCGCCCCUACGAGCCCUCGACGGGCUGGUCCGAGGGGCAGAAGAUCAACGAACCGAUGUUUACACGUGUACCUGCCCAAACAGGGCCAACGUCCUACUAUACCCCACCCACCCAUACCUGUCUUUGCGAGGUGCGAGUCAACUCUUUCUCGGAGGAAGAAUGAGACUUGCUGAUCAGAUCUUACCAGGGCUGUCUGCCAUUUUUAUCCCCACAACGUGGAACAGCCUUUUUGCCUUCGGAGUAUGUGGCUACUGGGAAAAUGAUACAGAUCGUCCCGACGCCGUGUCCAAGGAUUGUAGAGGGACCACUUUGAUCUCCAUUCCAAAAUUUGUCGAGGUAGUAGCCGUAUUGAAUAAGUACAUCACAGUCCUCUCUUCAUUUGAACGCGAGUUAGAUGCACGUUGAUCGAAGACCGCAUUG